GCCAAAGCUUUUGCUGUUUAUAUAAGCGCCCCUUCAAGUUUUGCUCAAGAGCAACAGAAUAAACAAAAAUUACUAUCUGAUCAGUAGAUUUUAGAAAGAGAAACAGUAGAGAGAGAGAGAGAUGGCGAGGGAUAGCUGCCUGACACGAAUUGCAGCGGGCGUCGCCGUAGGCGGCGCUGUUGGCGGCGCUGUGGGUGCUGUUUAUGGAACUUACGAGGCCAUAAGAUACAAGGUUCCAGGUCUUAUGAAAGUACGAUAUAUCGGACAGACAACGUUAGGCAGUGCUGCUGUUUUUGGACUUUUCCUGGGAGCUGGAAGCUUAAUACAUUGUGGAAAAUCUUACUAGUCUCUUCUAUUUUAUGAAGUAAAACUUGCAUCGGGUUUGAACAAAUAGUUGAACUGAAUCACAUUGCGGUAGAUGUCACUCAUAUUAAUCUCCAUACCCUUUUCUGCCCAAGUUUUUAUUUUUGUUAUUUACGCAACGAUCUAUGAGAAUUAUUCGAGCCGGGUAAUAAAUAUUAUUUGGAAAUCCUUCAUGGAUUUAUACUGCUACCAAUAUUGAAUUUGUUUUUUCUU